AUGCCGCACGUACAUCAAGACAGGGCUUCCCUUGUGCAGUCAGACAGCGGUGUGGAUCUUGCAAGUAACAUGCAGUCCCUGCCAUCCAACACACAUUUUCCGAUAUCACCUCAGCAUGAACCAAGCGCAAGGCCAAGUCAAUAUCAUGAGAACAAUAGGGACACAGCGAUGCAACAGCCUCAGACAUUUGAAUAUGACCUUGGCUCGUGUGAUAUUGACUGGGACUUUCCUAUGAACUGGCUACCAUACAAUAACGAGAUCGAAACUAAUUAUUGUUCGAUACUGGGCCUGGACGGAAACCCGGCUUCAACAGGGUCCCUCAACCCCCCGUAUGGCAACGACCAAUCCGUGAACCAGACCGCUUUGAGCUCCUUUGCUAUGGACAACACUCCGCAGACAGUCUCAACGGUUGCUUCACUCUCUCAGGGAAGCGGAGUGGCUGCCUCUCCCCAGCUCAGUAUGACGUCCGAUCGCACCAUCCCUGGCGACCUGUACGCUACGAGCUCGAAUGGCGCGCGAAGACCGUGUACGGCUCGAUCAAAGCAAUUACUUCCUCCAAUAGGUAUCGAGAGCUGCAGACAACUGCCUUCUAUUUCUCAAGAUUCCAGAUUAAGAACAAAGAAUAGUGACUGGGCGUUUCCAGACUUCGAUCACAUUAAUAUCCAAAACUUUGAAGAACUUCGAGAACCAACGAUAACAGAAGCCACCUAUGCGAAAAUGUACGACGCUUUCGAGAACACGUGCCUCGAAUCGGGCAUUUUCAAAGACGAGUUCACAUGUUCGGAAUUUCCACCACUAGCAAUCUUGGAUUACUGCACAAUGCUCUUCUUCGAACACUUCAACGCCAUAUUUUCGAUUGUGCACCCAAACCUGGUGGACCUCAAUGCCGACUGGGUUCUUACCCUCGCGAUUUGUGCAAUAGGAAGCCAGUAUUCCGCCACUGAGGACAUCGAUGCAUGUGUUCAACCCCUACAUGAGUUCCUAAGGAGAGUUUUGGUCGUUCGUUUACAGCUGGGGAAUUCAGAAAUGAGCCUCGCUUUAGCACAGGCUCUUGUCUUGAGUCAGGUCGGUCUGUUAUACCACGGUACAAGUAAAUUUCGUCGCAGCAGUCAUCAACGAGUGAGUGAUCUACAAACAGUUAUCAACCUGUACUGGCAAUUCUAUUCACAGUCGGAGAGCGACAUCAACACUGAACUCAGUCGAAGGGGAUCCAACUCCCAUGAAAAGUGGAAGACAUGGGUUCAAGAAGAAACUUUGAGGAGACUGUGCUACUUUAUAUGGCUUUUGGAUCGCAUGGGCUGCUACUUCUUUACCGAUCAUCACACUGUCACGUUUGAUGUGCAAGAUAUCAGUUUGCCUCACGAUGGCCUAUGGUCUCAAACAUGCUCAUCAGACUGGUUGAAAACAUACCAGCGCGUCGAGGAAAACCCUUCGCUCUCAUCAGCCGUAAACACCAUCUUCCGUGACCGAACCACCAAGUCGGACCUGGGAGAAUUUUCUCGCAUCAUUCUGCUUCAUGCGGUCUAUCGAGAAUACUCAACCGUAAAUACCUACUGCAAACGCUCUCUAUCAUCAUGGAUGCCACAGAACGACCCCGACAAACACGACGAGGACUCGGGCGCACUAGCUCUUACGGAUUCUAACUGGAGAAAUGCUGCGCUUGAUUGUGUAGACACAUUACAUUGGGCGGCGAACGGGAUGAUAGCUUCAUUGCUGGGCGCAGAGCAUCCUACUGUGCUUCAUUUACAUUUUUCACGAGUCGUUCUCCUUGUGCCUAGGGAGAUGCUCAUGACUUUAGCAAAAUAUAUCGAGGCACCUGAGGAUGCAAAGAAGAUGGCGUCGAACCAGCAAAAAGCGUUACAGGCUGAACGGGAAAUUUCCAAAUGGGCGCAAAAGGAUGGGUCAAAAGCACGUCUCGCAGUUUUGCAUUGUGGUUGCUUCCUUUGGCACAUCCGUCGAUAUGCCAAGAUGGCAUUUUACGAACCCCCAUGUGUGCUCUGGGCGAUCCUCACUUUGUGGGCCUACAGCGUGUACUCAUCUAAAUCAAGACGAUCUUCAGGCGAAGAACGUAGUGGGAGUGUGACACGCCGCCCAUCACCGGACCAUACCAAGGUCGCUUCGGACGACGAGAACCCAACAUUCAUAAGGCUAGAUCGUCCGAACGACGAUGAAAUGGUCCAAUUAUUCGUGAGGACGGGCGUUCUGAAGGCAUACAUUAGUGGCGUCGGAGAUAUAUAUGCCCCUACAGCGCCUACUCGCAUUUUGCGUGAGGGGAGGAAGAUCCUCGAGUCCGUGUCCCUGGCUUGGGGUCGAAGCACAGAAAACCUGGAUUUGUUGAAAGCUCUUGGAUGA